AUGAGGACGACGAUAACGACGACCCUGACACCAUCCCAACAUUCGAGCUAUCUCGGUCGCGCCGACUACAUCCCCGCCCAUGUCGAGAUUGACGAGGACGAUGCGACUCAUUACGAAAGUCCCGGUGCACGCGCGCACUCGUGGCACAACUUUGAGGUCAAGAUGCGGCGCAACCUAUCCGUGCUCGAGCUGCCCCAGGGGACACUGCGGCAGACACUGUUGAGGAAUUUCCUGCAAAGGUGUCGGCCCUGGAUGCCCCUCGUGAAUGCCUCAGACCUGGAGCGACUGGAUGCAAAGACCAAUGACACGCUGCUCGUCACGUCCAUGCUGGUGGCGGGAAGUAUAGUCUCGUCAACACCGCAGGCUGCGGAACAGGGCCAGAGGUGCUACCAGCGGGCCAAAGUGCUCUUCUACACGAAUGCCGAGCAGAAUCACCUCCACGCCAUCAUGGCCACCAUCUUCCUGCAGUGGCUGAAUCCGUCUGGCCCGGAGCACAUCUCCAUCGACAGUAGUAGCUUCUGGCUGCGACUCAGCGCCGCCCUUGCGCACCAGAUGGGUCUCCAUCGCGAACCGGGCCCCCGGAUGGCAGAUGCGAAGCUGAGGCGGAGGAUUUGGUGGGCACUGGUUUCCAGGGACAAUCUGAUAGCCGCAAGUCACGGGCGUCCAAGGGCGGUCAAUGCAGAAGACUCAAAUGUUCGCCCCCUCCGGCUGGACGAUUUCGACGGCGACGACGAGGACGCACUCCUCUUCAUGCACUUUGCCCAGAUCACUUCCAUCCUAGGAGAUAUGACCGAGGAGUAUCGUCGGGGGACCCUGUCGGAUCGCAAGAAGAUCGAUUUCGAAGACAGCCUCCGCCGAUGGCUGAAGACCGUCCCACCCAGCCUGCGACUAUACAAUCCCGAGACGAAAAGACUGAAUGACUAUGACUUCAAAGCCCGGCAGCUCCACACCAUCUACUUCACCUCGCUCAUCAUUCUCUUCCGGCAGGACAAGAGAGAUCAGCCGCCGUCACCCGUCGCUCUGCUCGCUGCGUCCUUUGUAUCCGGCAUCUUCGAGGAGUAUCUGACGUGGGAGGAUGUAUCGCAUCUCGCAGUCACGUCCAUCUUCUACCUGAUGGUCGCCGCACUCUUGCAGCUGUCAUACCAGCGAUUUCCUUCGCUAGCCACCCAUCGGGCGGAAGAGACUGAGAUUAUCAGAUCAUCGUUAAACGAGCUCAAAAAGAGAUUUCCUUCGGCCAUCGGCGCUGAGAGAGUGGUCAACCAGAUGAUGAAGCAUUCCACGACUCUGCCAGAAACGGCGCAGUCGGCGCAGAUAUUUCUCUCACCUGAUCAGGAAGAAUUCUUUGCGCCCUUUGGCCCCGAGCUGUGUCGGAAAUGGCGGCUGGUGGUCGAGAAUCCAAUAUCCGCAGAGCCACCACCACCUCUAGAAGGAGUUGAGGAGUUUGCCGGCCUGAACCGGUCGGAUAAUGGAGUGGUCAUCAUAGGGCACACAGGCCAUCAUUUACAGGCCAGUGCUGAAUCACCGCAAGACGUACAGGCCAUUAUCACCGCCGAGUCGGCAUGGAACACCAGUACGCCGUUCACCUUUAACAUUGACGACCAAAACCUGUUCUCGGAUCAACUCGGUCUCGACAGCGUCGGCCGCUGGUGGUGGGCCGACUGGAUGCCUGAAGCAGACCUAGACUUUCUCUCCAGGUCACUGUAA